CGGCGGACAUGUCCAUGGAGGACCCCUUCUUUGUGGUGAAAGGGGAGGUUCAGAAGGCGGUGAACACUGCCCAGGGACUGUUCCAAAGAUGGACAGAACUCCUGCAAGAUCCAUGCACAGCUACAAAAGAAGAAAUUGACUGGACCACAAAUGAGCUAAGGAACAACCUAAGGAGCAUCGAGUGGGAUCUUGAAGACUUAGAUGAAACAAUUAGCAUUGUUGAAGCAAAUCCCCGGAAAUUCAACCUUGAUGCAACAGAACUGGGUGUGAGAAAAGCCUUUAUCACAAGCACGCGGCAGGUGGUCAGGGAUAUGAAGGAUCAAAUGUCAAAUACUUCUGUUCAAGCACUAGCCGAAAGGAAGAACAGACAGGUGCUGCUAGGAGAAAGUGGUACACACAGCUGGAGUUCUGGGACUGACAAGUAUGGCCGCUUGGAUCGAGAACUGCAGUCAGCAAAUUCACAUUUCAUUGAGGAUCAGCAAGCACAGCAGCAGUUAAUCAUUGAACAACAAGAUGAACAGUUGGAGCUGGUCUCUGGCAGCAUUGGUGUACUAAAGAACAUGUCCCAGCGCAUUGGAGGGGAACUGGAUGAACAAGCAGUCAUGCUGGACGACUUCUCUCAUGAGCUGGACAGCACUCAGUCGCGGCUAGAUAACGUCAUGAAGAAGCUUGCAAAAGUGUCCCAUAUGACUAGCGAUCGGCGACAGUGGUGUGCAAUUAUCAUUCUCUUCACUAUCCUGUUGGUGGUGCUUAUCUUGUUUUUUGUGUUGUGACAAGAUU